GGCGGUGACGUCACGGGCACGCCCGGUGGGCCGAGGCGGCGGCGGGAGGCGCCGUGAGGCGGCGGGCGCGGUGCUGGGGGGGGGGGGACGCCAUGGGGUACGUGACGGGAGAGCAGCUGGCCGGCUUCGGCAAGUACAAGUACAGCGCGGUGGACAGCAACCCCCUGUCCCUGUACGUCAUGCAUCCCUUCUGGAACACGAUAGUGAAGAUCUUCCCUACCUGGCUGGCCCCAAAUCUGAUAACGUUUUCUGGCUUCCUGCUGCUUGUCUUCAACUUCUUCCUCAUGGCAUACUUCGACCCUGACUUUUAUGCUUCUGCUCCUGACCACCAGCACGUUCCAAACGGAGUGUGGGUCAUUGUGGGUCUCCUCAACUUCAUUGCCUACACGUUAGACGGCGUUGAUGGGAAACAGGCCCGCCGGACCAACUCCAGCACGCCCCUGGGGGAGCUCUUUGAUCACGGCCUGGACAGCUGGGCGUGCGUGUACUUCGUCGUGACAGUUUACUCCACCUUUGGACGGGGCUCCACGGGUGUCAGUGUCUUCGUGCUCUACCUCCUCUUAUGGGUGGUGUUGUUUUCAUUCAUCCUCUCCCACUGGGAGAAGUACAACACGGGGAUUCUCUUCCUGCCCUGGGGAUAUGACAUCAGCCAGGUGACCAUUUCCAUCGUCUACAUAGUGACAGCCAUUGUGGGAGUUGAGGCCUGGUAUGCACCUUUCCUGUUUAAUUUCUUAUAUAGAGACCUAUUCACUACAAUGAUUAUUGCUUGUGCCCUCACCGUGACGCUGCCGAUGAGCCUGUACAACUUCUACAAGGCCUAUAAAAAUAACACCUUGAAGCACCACUCUGUGUACGAAAUCAUGCUGCCACUGGUGUCCCCGGUGUUGCUCUUUGUGCUUUGCACCACGUGGAUCUUCGUGUCACCCAUGGACAUCCUGGAGGUCCAUCCCAGGCUCUUCUAUUUCAUGGUUGGAACAGCCUUUGCGAACAUUUCUUGCCAGCUGAUCGUUUGUCAGAUGAGCAGCACACGCUGCCAGCCUCUGAACUGGAUGCUGCUCCCCAUAGCGCUGGUGCUCUCCGUGGUGGUGUCCGGCUUCGCCCCCAACAGUGAAACUCUUCUUCUCUACCUGCUAACUGCUUUCCUCACCCUGGCACACAUCCACUACGGCGUGGUCGUGGUGAGCCAGCUGAGCAGGCACUUCAAUAUACGACCCUUCUCGCUAAAGAAGCCCACGCCGGAUUGACUAGGAGUGGAGGAAGAGAAAAUCAGCUUGCAGUCUGCAGAAGUACUGUAAAUAACUGCUGCAAAUACCUGUAAAUACUUCAACCAUCACCACGGAUCUAAACCUAUCCUCUGGACAGACAUCAGGGCAAAGUAUGCGCGGUAUCUGGUGCAGCCAGGUUGGGACUGGUACGGGACAGCAUCUGCUGCUGUUCAGCGAACACAAGCCUACGGUUUUGGGUGAAACUGGACGAGGAGGGUAGCCUUUCAGGUCACUAUUACUGUAUUUUAGACCAGCUGAAUGUUCCCAGUAAAACCUCAAACCCCAGCGCUUGCUCAGAUAAAGCUGGUUGGGGAUGCAGAUGGCUUUACCUGAGCAAAGCACCUUGACCCAUCACCAGAACCAACGUAGCAGCUGAUUUCUGCGAGGUCAAGGGAACAUCCUGGUGGUCAAGCGUUCCUGUCUGUCCCUAAUCCUGUUAGCCCUUCUCCCGGGCCGGUACUUAAGGAGCAAACGGUGACAGUUCUCCCACAUUCUGUCCUGCCUUCCUGCACUCAUUCAUUCGGGCAAAUACUUGCACCUUUUUUUAAAGCAGAAGUAAACACACAACACUUGUAGUAAUAUUCUACUUAGGUGGGGGGGCUUAGGAAUCAGGGCUCAAUUUGAUGUAGAAGUGGGGAGGCAGCUUCCCCAGCCCCUGCCUGAGCGGUGGGCACCUGGGACCACAUCUCAAUGUUCUCUGUGGGCUGGUACGUGGGCCCUGACCAGCAGUGAGACGUGGCUCACACCAGCCUCUGUAACACAGAGCCAAACCCCCCAAUUCCUGCUGGUAUGAACUGGCUGCUCCAGGUCGGCUCUGCUGGGUCGCUGCGUGCUGCCCGAGCCUUGUCUUCUGUGGCAGUGCAGCCAGGCUCAGCCUGCCCUUCCCACCAGCCCACUGGCAGCAGCAAAUCCACAGCUCGGAGAAGCACCUUAAUAAUGUUUGUUGGUUGCGUGUGCACUUUCAGAAAGCUCACAGGUGUGUGUGUGGUGGGGUCCUUCCCAAAUACCACUUUGUUUUCCAAACCGCUGUCCCCGGCGGCUGCGUGUCUCAUCCAGGGAUAUAUUUGUUUACUGUCCAUUUGUAGAAGAUGUUUGCAUUGAUUUUUUUUUUUAAAACAUUACUGUAAUUGAGUUAAUUGAGUGGGGUGGUGAAGACUGAAUGCUGAUUUUCUUUUCUGUUCACUUUUAUUUAAUGAAGACCUGUGCUUGAAUGAAGAGUGUAGCUUAAACCCAGGUUCUGGAAAGGCUGCAUCCGGAAGUGGACAAGCACAGCAGAUUGUGCAUAUGUAAUUACCAUGGGAACAAAGUCUCUUACACACUGAUUAUUGUGGGUCUUGGAAGCUUGGUCACGGCAUUUUCCUUCCGCAGGUGAAGCCUCCUCCUCCUGCUUUAGGAAACCUUCAAGCUGUAACUACUAUUUAAUGAUUUGGCAUUUUUUUUGUUUGCAUUUUUUUUUUUUUUUUUUGUAAAUUUGAAUCAUUGUCAUGCAGACUGAGACUUGAAAUCCUGAGGCAGCUCGCAGUGUCCGCUGCUCUGCGCGGUGCCGUGGGUGGAAUUGGGGUCUCUCGGUCACGGUACGUCCUGCGUGGGGUCGGCUGCGGCGUUCGGGCUGGCACCACCGGAGGGCUCGGCUGCUCGUCUGUCUGUCCGUGUGUCUGUACAGCCACGUGUCUGCGAGCGGUGUCUGAUCCGGGAGAGGGGGCAAAUGGUCUUCAGAAUUUAUUUAAUAAAGUAGCUUACUCUAUAUAUUUUACUGAUAUUGUACAGAAAAAAAAAAAUUAAGUGUGCAAAGGAGUUGGGCUGUGCUUGAAUCUUUGACUCUGGCUGUUUAAUUAAAUUCAUUUAUGAAGGGAGAUAAAUUACAGGGACUCUCUGAAAUGGAACACAGCUCUUACCUGGGGGGCCCGUUCAGGUAGCAAAACUCUGCUAGCAGCACUGGCAAAAGCAGCAGUUAGAUGAUUUAUUUUCUAGUUAGAUGUCUGCAGGACUAGGGAACAACUGAGCUGUUCCCUCAGCCCUUCAGCUGAGCUGUAGGGUCCCGAGCUUGUGUUGUCCUGGCUCUUCCCAUAGCUGGGCCCAAGGACUGGGCUCACCAGUGCUGCCAGGGGAUGUCUGAUCUUAAACCUCGGGGUGUCGCUUUGUCUCCUUACUACACGGUUUGUCUCUUGUCUUGCUUGGCUGUGAGCUGGUGGAUUUUUGCAGCCCGUAAGAGUAUGCCCUGAAAAAAGGCCUUUGUAAAGCUACAAACAUGUGGAAGCAGGACUUCCUCUCUACAAUCCUGCAAAUACUUGUGCUGUAGGAAAAAAAGAUGUCUCUUAAAAACUGGAACCGCUUCCUAUCUGCACAGGCUUUAUCUGUGAAGAGUCCUGGAUUUUUGGUGCCUUAAUUUAUUGCACCUUGAAGCUAGAAAAAUACCUGCUUAAAUCUUAAAUAAAUCUUAAAUCAGUGCUGGAAAGUAGGCUCGCUCCUCUCUAGUGCUGCCAGGCUCGUGGCAAAGCGAGGGGAGAGCAGACCUGGUCUUGGUGGGCACCCGACUCCGGUUCUGACUCGUGCUGCUGUGAAGCCGGGUGGGUUUCUGUCUGGGCUGUUGUAACGUGGGUGAUUUCUGACCCCAGCUUCUGGGGGAACGGAAACACUUGAGCAGAAAGACCAAACCGUCUCGCCGUGGUGGGGUAGGGCAUGCUGAGAAACAAAUUAUUUAUUAAUAAUAAUGGUUUGAAGUCUUAAAAAUAAAUUUAUUCCUUGCUAACUGCAUCUGAGGGUGUGUUAUGGUGCUGGUUGCUCCCCUUGCUGGCUGGGCUGUGUCCUCAGCCCUGUCCGGGGCCAGUCCUCGUGGUUUGUGCUGUCGCUUCUUCCAGGGAUAGAGUUGAUCAUAGUUUCUUAAUUACUGGUGGACCUGCUGAGUUGAUAACAGGACUGGUAGGUGCUUCCCUAAAUCUAUUUUGCACACUUUAUCUCAAUCCAGAGUAUUACUGGGGGAGAAAAAUCCUGUUCAGGGAGGGUGCAGUCCUUCAGGACCCACAGGACCGUCGGGAUCCAGGCAGGUCCCAGUGCUGCUCCUGCUCCUUGCUGUGUUCGGUCACUGUUCAUGGUGAAGUGGGGAGCUGGGACACGUUAGCAGGCUGGUGCUGGGCUCACCUGGCUGGGACAGCCUGGCAGACUGGGUUAACGCAGGCUUUUUAUCUCAGUUGUGUGGCUUCGUGUCUCAGCUCCUGCCUCUGCACCAUCCCAGGGACCUAGCGCAGGAAUUCCUCGGCUGGGGCUGGCGUGCGGGUGUUGUGGCCUCCUGGAGUUUGCAUUAAAGCAGUGUUCACACUAAGAAAUGUUUUAUAGCUGCAAUCACUGCCUGGAAAUCAUGGACGUGGGCGCUGUGGUUUUAGCUCAUUCCUUCCCCUCAGUGUCUGUGCCGCAGUUGGCUCCGGCUGUCCCGUGGGGGUCAUUGCACGGCUCAGCAGCAGCCUCUCCUUGCAAACAUCAGGCACCCAAUGCAGCCAGGGCCAGGGGUGCAGGAUGCUGCAAGUGUGAGCUUCUAAUGCCCUGAAAACAUACUUUAGAGCUGGCCUGGUGUUACUCUGGGUGCGGGGAGUACGUGCAGUUUGUAAUCUGAGAGCAGCUUUGAUCUGUGCCUCUGAAGAGCCAGUCAGUUCUAGCAAGACCCCUAAAAUCCCCUCCUCUGGGAGCAUCUGUGCCUGCGUGGGAUAGACCUGGGAAGCCUCUGGGAAAGUAGCAGAGAUUUGUGUAUACACAGACCCGAGAGCGCAGCUGCUUUGUGUGCACGCAGGAGCUGUAGCUAAAGCUCUGCUCCCCUUAGUUUAUGGCACAACCGGGCUUUUGUACCCCAAAACCUGUAGGAAAUUCCCCGAAGCUGUCUCGUUUCCAGCUGUCCUUUUUUGCUUAGUGUGCAGCACUUGCUUGAGGCGCAGGAGGAGUUCCCCCCACGGAUCAAAAUCUUCCUCUCCCCCUCGUGCAGGGAGCCUGGCCUGCUUCUGUCCCUCGAGCUUGUAGUUGAAGUGGGUGCUGGUUUUGGUGGGGGUCCCUCAGCCCACCCUGCCUGCCCAUGAGCAGCCCUGGCAUGGCUGCGGGCCCCAGGACCCCGAUUCCUUCCCUGGAGCCGUCCUCAGGCUGGGAGUUUAGGUACUGAAGUGAGUUUGGAUUCGUCUCUUAAAUGCUAUUACUGAAGUAUUUAUUGUGUUUAAAAUGAACGAAAAACUAUUACAGUUCAAUAAAGAAUGAAAUUUUCCAAGCC